ACCACUCAUCGCAUUUCCUGCUUAUGGGAAAGUCUUUUAAACUGCUUUCAUUGCAUUAGUUCUCUCUCUUUUUUUUUUUUUUGAAAAACAAAUUGUACUGAUAGAAAUUAAAGCGUGUCAAUAUAUGAUGAAUUCUACUGAAUGUAGAGCGGAUGUGCCCAUGGAUAGAACUGCAAAUAGUGUCGCCGUUUCAAACGCGAAUGUUAUUUCCGAAAUCGAUAGCAGUUAUCAAAAUUCUAGUGCAAUGGCUUCUAAUAGUUCAACUUCGCAAGCAAAUUUGAUUGAAACUAGUGAAAAAUCGGAAGAAGACGUGAAAAACGUAAGUGAUUUUGAAAAAGAACCCGACAAUAUCGAUAACGCUUCGAAAUCCGAGGAUGUAACAGAACCACAAAAUACUUUACAGACUGCUCAUACUCGCGUUCAAAAAGCCAAUUCAAAUGGAAAAGUUAAAAACGAAAUGGAUUACAUUGAAAAAGAAUUUAACAAUCUAAAUCCAUCUUGUUCCAAGGAAGAAAUGAAAUCUCAAAGUGUUAUCCAGACUGCUCAUGCUGGGGUACUGCAAGAAGAUAAUACGAGCAGAAAAUGUCAACCAAAGCAAAAUUUGUCUAAACAGAAAUCGAAACACUGCAGUCCACGUAAACAUAGGGUUAAGCAUAAGCGUAAAUGGAAACCGUACACGAAGCUGACAUGGAAUGAACGUAGGAAAUUAGAAGAGCGAGAUUCUAGAAGGGCAAGUAGGAUUCGGGAAGAAAUGUCAUCAUGUGGGCUCGCUCUUGCCCCGUACAAUACAACUCAAUUUAUUAUGGAAGAUCAUAACAUCGAGGAACCCAUGGCCAAUUCUGAUCCGGAAGAGCUUCAUUUUGUUCCGAGUAAUGCCUCGGAAUAUUUUGAACAACAGUUUGAAGAAGCUUUCAACAGUGUUGAUGAUGAUUUUAGGAACGAAGCAUCUAAAUAUGACUUAGUGUGUGAACUUAUGCGAGUGGAAGAUGAAGUUGAACAACUUGAAAAAACAUUGAACGAAACUAGAAAAGAGAAAGUGAAUCAAUCUGAGGAUAGUGUUGAAGCUGAUUUACAGAAAAUUAGAGUUUUCCAGGAAGAGAUUGAAAAAAUGACGCACGAAAAUGAGGAUCUCAGUAGCGCAAAUUAUCGGUUGUAUGAGCAGUUGGAUAGGAUGUCUUGAAAUGAGGUUUGUCCACACAACGAACGGUGUGGACAGAAAGAUAUCACUAUCAAUAUUUCCAUUUCAGCUGUUGACAAUGGUGUUUCUGUUAAAAUUGAUCAAUAAGAGUUACUCUCGGAAUUUGACAUUUUCAUUUCAGUGUUUUUCUCUCGUAGCUUUUAUUUUUGGAAUAUUUGUUUACGAUGUAUAAGUUUAUACACAGUACACACACACACACUUUUAGUAUUUUUUUCAACAUUUCAUCUUCAUAUCAGAAAUGUUCUCCAAUUGGUAAUGGAUUAACUCUGAAUUUUGGAAGGUUAUUUAUACUGUGGGAUUUUUUAAAAAGAUCUCCAAAAUAUGCUAUUUAUUUAAUAAUGAUCACUGUUGUAGUUUGUAACCAAAAAAUAUUUGGGGGAAUGCACCUUUUUUUUAAAUAUAAGAUUGAUGAAUUUUUGUUAAAAAACUAAAAAAGGUUUAAUUUAUUCCUGCCAGCUUUAAUUCAAAAGGCAGGCAUGUGUUUUAUAGAUAGCUGGUUUGAAAUCAAUUCAUAUAAACUUACAUUAUUAUGUCUAUACUAAAAAUUUUGAGGAACAACUUCUCUUUGUAUUCAAACUAUAUACAACUUUCAAUUAACAGGGAUGGUCAUGAAAUGUGUCAGCUCAGAUAAACAAAUUAUUAUCCUAAUCAUUCCAAUUGAGAGCCGUUAUCAGACUUUUGUUUUGGAGAGGGUUUUACCAAGCACAUUUCUUAUGACAUCUAUACUAUCAAUAAAAUUUGAUUUUAUUGAUUUUUAUUACAAUGGUUUAUUUAAACAAGAAGGUGUUGCUUUGAGGGCUUAAACAUUCGCAAAUGACUCAUCUGUUAAAUGAAAGAAAGAAAUUUGAAGUGUACAGUGUAGUACAUUGUAUAACUUCACCCUCUAUUAAAUAUUCAAUGUAACAACUCAGAAGAAGUACUUUCCAAUUCACGGAAAUUUGUUAGCAUCAAGUAUUCUAAAUUGGAAGGAAAACACUAUUGUUUUGUUAAAAAGGAUUACUCCUAAUAACUACAAUAAAAAUAGAUACUGCAGAUAAAGCACUGAGUUUUUGUAUAAUUCUUCUACAAUAAUAAAAAAUACAGUAAUAAAUAAGUAAUAAAAUAAUUUUUUUUUCAGAAAAAAAGUACAAAAAGAAAAAAAAAAGAAUUUUUUGGAAUGGUUUUGAAAAAUUUUGGUGGGGAUUUGUAGUAUUUAACAUUUUUUAAAAUUUGUUUAUGCUUUUUGUUUUUCCUAUGACGAACUCUGCUUCUCUUUUUGACUUUUCAUCAUUUGUACUGUAAGUAUGCUAUUUUUAGUUUAAUCUAAGUACAGUGAACUCCCCAUUAUCUGCGGCCUUUCACACGAAAAAAAACCUGGAUGAUUAACUUAAAUUCGAAUAUUUUAACUUUACAAAUAAAAAAUCUAUUUUUAGACAGUCCAUUGAUUUCAAACCUUUCAAGGUUGCCGAAACCCGACUAGUUGAAAUUUAAUUAUUAGCUCAAUGCUACUUACUCCUUUAGAUCUGCACUGCUUACGAGUGACUGGACCAGUCUUGAAAAAAUUCCCCUCCUCCAUUCCCAUGCAUUUUUGGUGUAACCUAAAUUGAUCUGCUGCAGUUGAUCUGCUUACACGAUUUUCUUGUUUACAUACAUGGUCAUUGUAUUAACUGUAGUUUAAAUGUAUGCAAGUGUUAUUGAUAUUUAAAAAGUAUUCUGUACAUGAGCAUCAUUUUACCUAAUUAGCAGGUUAUCCGCGAAUGUGCUUAUCCGAGAUUACCGUGCCACCCUAUUUCGCAGAUAAUCGGGAGUUAACUGUAAUUUAGAAGCAUUUUUGUGGUCGACCCAAAUAAUGCAGUCCCAGUUAAUGGAGUAUUUUGUACUUAUCAAAUUUGAAAUUUUUUCAUCUUUUGUGGCAUGUGUUUCAUUUAAUGAACCUUCCCUGUGCAUUUUCAGUCUAGCUUGCUUAAUAGAACACCCAGUUUACGAUGAAAAAUUAUUCAACUAAGGUGGGAUAUUUCAUUAUCUGCAAUCAGAAUAACAAAUUACAGCGGUUUGGUACUCGGAAAAUGUAUUACGUUAAGCAAGUAGCGGGAUAUUCUUUUAAUUGAUAUUCUAAUAAUUGGGCUUGACUGUACUUCAAUUAAUUAUUUCAGAUUUCUUGCACUAUAUAUGAGAUAAACCUAACCUUGCAGCAUUGCAAUGCUAUGAUUAAGAUCUUCAACAAUGCUGCAAGGUUAGAUUUGUCUCAACUAUAGUUUUCUUUCCAAAAUUUUUGAAGCUUCAAACUGUAGUUAUUGACUUUCUUAGUUUAUUAUUAUGUUUUUAUUACUGAUAAUGAGAGUAAAUUAAGUACCAUGUGUAAUUUAUAUUAUCUGCCUGAAAAAUACAUCUUUUAAUGCAAUUCCUUUAUGAUUAAGUUUGAUUUUGAAAUUACACUGUAUUAAGUAUUUUUGAAUGUUUCUAGGGGUAUGUUAGAAUACAGUUACCGGUGAGGAACGAAACACGUUCAAAUAGAGUUAUUGAUAAAUGAAAACAUCCUAUGGACACUCACCGUGAGGUCUUCAGAUCAAACAACCAACCAUUGCAACCGGUUUUCUCUAUUCAAACAUACCAUAGUUGGCAAGAAGUUUCUAUUUUUUACUUUUAAACUAUUUUAGGCGUUUGAUACAAUUCAAUUUUAAAAUUUAAUUUUCUAAAAAAUAAAAAAGUAUCUGUAUUAUGUUACAACCAAUUCAGUUUGAUGAAUAUAACCACAAACAUUACACAAGAUAUGGUACUACUUGUUUCAUUGUUUUUGAUGUAGUUUGAGAAAUGAUUUGCCAAACAUGCUUGCUGUAAAAAUUAAGAGUACAUUGCAAUAGUUUGGGUUGAUUUGCCCUUUUAAAAAAUAUAUAUAUAUACUAUACAUAAUGCAUUAAGAUGUUUUUUCAGCAUUGUAUAAUUUGCAUCCCAUUUUUAAUAUGAGUAUUGUUUAACUGUUUUAAUGCAUUAUGUUACAUUUCAGAGAGAUUUUAUCUGGUAUUCUAAGCUUAAUAAAUGCAAUA